AUGGCUUCUGAGGGCGAUGUUAUCAAGAGCACCCCGGCAAUCAGUACUGCCAGUGAUGGCGCUGAUGACUCUGUCAAAGAUGGUCAGCUGGGAGUUGUGGAAGUCAAUGUGUUGCAGGAGCGGACAAUUGGGCUCUUUGGAGCUGUUUCGCUUGUUGUGAAUAAGAUCAUUGGCGCAGGAAUAUUUUCCACUCCUAGCACAAUUUUCAAGCUGUCAGGAAGCGUAGGAAUGGCCUUGAUGUGCUGGGUCAUUGGCGCUAUCAUUUCGACAUGCGGUAUCUUUGUUAUGCUCGAAUUCGGCACAGCGAUCCCCAGAUCUGGCGGUAUCAAGAACUAUCUGGAACGGGUAUUUAGCCCUAGACUCAUGCAAACGUGCAUCUACGUAUUUUACUGCGUCUUUCUCCAGGUUUCCGCGAGUAACGCCAUUACCUUCUCUUCUUAUAUCCUAGUUGCGGCUGGCGUUGAUUCAACGACAUGGAAACUUCGCGGUGUCGCCAUUGCCGGCGCUAUUUUCUCUGUUGGAAUCCACACCGUUGCACCCCGUGUUGGCAGAGGAUUUCAAGAUGUGCUUUCGGCUGUAAAGCUGUUUACACUCCUCUUCAUCGUGUGCUGUGGCUUUGCUGCCUUGGCGGGACAUCUCAGGAUAGAGAGUCCCCACAACUUCUCUAAUGCUUUUGAAGGCACAUCGAGCAGCGGAUACAACAUCGGCUCUGCCAUUCUUAACGUCAUCUUCUCCUUCCAAGGAUAUGACAACGUCAAUGCCGUCCUUUCUGAAGUUCGCAAUCCUCAGCGGACACUUAGAUUGGCUCUUCCCUUGUCUAUGGGCGUCAUCGCGGUGUUGUAUCUCUUGGCCAAUGUUGCAUACUUUGCUGCUGUUCCUAAGGAAGCAUUCAUUGCUGCCAAGGUUACGGUUGCGGCAACUCUUUUUGAAAAUGUCUUUGGUCCCUCCGCUGGAGCCAAAGCCCUCCCAGCACUUGUUGCUCUGUCUGCUCUUGGACAUCUGCUCGGUGUCUCCUUCACAAUCCCCCGCCUACUCCAAGAACUUGCUAAGGACGGUGUUUUGCCCUUCUCCAACUUGUUCAUGGAGAACAGGCCGUUUCGAACGCCAAUUUACGCUCUGCUCCUUCAUCUUGGCGUCACGAUUCUUUUCAUUUGCGCCCCGCCAGCCGGCGAUGCAUUCAACUUCGUCGUGUCGUUAUCCAGCUAUCCGACAACCGUCUUGUUGUUUGCCAUUACUGUCGGUUUGGUCAAGUUGCGCCUGACCGACCGCGCAAAUUUCCACUCGCCCCUCCCUGCCCCCUGGAUUCUCAUCGUCAUCUAUCUUGCGGCAAACAUCUUCUUGAUUGUGAUGCCUUUCGUAAGACCCCCUAACGGAAAGGGGAGCACAUCGUUGCCGUACUGGCUGUCCUCGGUCGUUGCUCUCGGAAUCUUGUCGUUGGGAGUAAUCUACUACACCCUUCGUUUCGUGGUUGUACCGAGACUGCUGGGCUACAAACAUCAAGAAAUCCAGCAAGACCUGAGCGACGGAUCCAAGGUUACCAGAUUCCAAAGAAUCAAGAGGUGA